AUGGCUCCUCAACAAAAGGAUACCGGGAAAAACAUUUCAAUCGAAACUAGCGAGCUCGAGUUAUCCUCCCAAACCUCACCGUCGUCUCCUUCGCUUGAACAACGAGUCAACAAACACGAUGCUGACAUCGAGUUCAUCAAGGAUAUGCUCCACAAGAUCCUUCGCAACCAAACGCUUGGGGUUAUCACUGAGUCGUCUAUUCCUCCAGGGUUUAACAGCCCACCACCGGCGGUUCAGACUCAGCUGGUUACGACGCCGAUGAAUGGGUCAACUAGUCAACCGACAGUGGGGAUUCUACCAAACCUGGAACAAGAAUCUCACCUCAAGCCGUCGACUUUGAGAUUUUCGGCUCCACCGCCAGAGCAGCAAGCGGUCACUCAAGGUUGUGUGUCGGAAUACCCUAACCGUCCCAUGGAGCUGCCUAUGUUCGAAGGUAAGAGUCCUGAAGAUUGGCUUUUUCGGUUAGAGAAAUGCUUUGCGAGUAGAGGAACACCGGAAUAUGCUAAGAUAGAUCUGGCAAUCUCUUGUCUUACUGGGUCAUCUGUUACUUGGUGGAGAAUGGCUUAUGGUAGACAACGGAUUGGUAGUUGGAAAGAUUUUAUGGAAAGGUUCAAGGUACGAUUCAAACCAAGUAGAGGGUUAUCGGUUUUGGAUCAACUGAUGAGUAUUCACCAAAGAGGAAGUGUCGAGGAGUAUCGUGAGCAGUUUGAGGAGUUAGCAGUGGAGUUGCCUCACGUCUCUGAUGAUGUUUUGGAGUCUGCUUUUCUGCAGGGUUUGAGGAAGAGUAUCAGGGACCAAGUGGUUCGUUGCAGACCUUUUGAUUUGGCGGAGAUUGUUGAUACGGCGAAGCUAAUUGAGCACCAGGAGAGUGAGAACACUAGUCUGCAACCGAGACAGACAGUGAGAUCUUUUUACUCACCUACACAUGGUCAGGUAGUGAGCUCUUCUCGACCAGUGGAUCAUUCCCAGGGCAAGCGUCCUGUGGAGAACAAUAGAGAGUUCAGGAAAAACCAAGGGGGUCAAGAAGGUCGAAACUCCAAUCCGUGUAGGCAUUGUGGUGACAGAUGGUUUCCUGGUCAUCGCUGUAAAACUCAGCCGAAGCUAAAGUGUCUGGAAGUGGCUGAGGAGGAGAAACAAUACUGUGAUGCGGUUGAAGUUCAGCAGCAACAAGAAGUGUUAGAGGAUGAGGCUGAGGAACUACAGGAGUAUGAGGUUCUGUCCCUUAGCUCCAUCUCAGGACUCACUGAUGAGAAGUCUAUGCGCAUGAUGGGUAAGCUUGUGGAUAGGGAUGUGGUAGUCCUGAUAGAUUCCGGCGCGACAAGAAGUUUCGUAGAUUAUGGUCUGGUACAAGAGUUAGGGUUAACCAUAUCAACUACAAGACCCUUUGGUGUUCCAGUGGGAGGUGGCCGGAUACUGAAAGGAAAAGGUUGCGUAUCAGGUACACUGUUGGGCAUACAAGGUGUAGAGAUCAUGGAAGAGUUGCUGGUGAUAGAGCUCGGGAGUACGGAUGUAGUGCUGGGAUAUUCCUGGUUAGCUACAUUGGGGGAUACUAAAAUUAACUGGCUCAACAGAACCUUAAGUUGGAAGAUUGGUCCUCGUUGGGUGACAAUUGUGGGUGAUCCAGCUCUCAGCAAGGAACCAAUAUCAUUACGUUCCAUGGAGAGGGUUAUUCAUCAUGAAGGAGAAGCGUACUUGCUAGAGCUUACCACUAUGUUCGAUGGAAAGAAGCCAUUGGACAAAAAGAUCCCUGAAGUUGCAGCAGUACAGACGUUGAUCAAGGAGUACCAGUCGGUCUUCAAGAUGCCUCUUACCUUUCCCCCACCGCGAAACAGAGAGCAUGCAAUCAACUUACAAACCGGGACCUCCCCAAUCAACCUGCGCCCUUAUCGCUAUUCAUUUGUUCAGAAGAAUAAAAUUGAAAAACUGGUGCAGGAAAUGCUCGACGCUCAAGUGAUCAGGCCAAGCGUUAGUCCUUACUCAAGUCAUGUCCUGUUGGUGAAGAAGAAGGACGGGGGAUGGCGGUUUGUGUUGAUUACCGAGCACUAA